UAGCAUACCAUGUCUACAAGACCAUCACAUGAUAAUGUAAUCAACAGUCUAGGCGUCAACAUGGCUUCAGCAUUGGACCAAAUAAUGACAAUCCAAGAGCAGUCUUAUGAUGAGUUUCUGGAUGGGUUUACCUACUUAAACAAAGAUGAAUUGAAGAAAGAGGUGGUCAAUCUAGGAAAAAAGAAGCUAGAGAAACCACUGACAAACAAGUCAAAGAAUAAUAAAGAGAAAGGAAAAAAUAUAACAAAACCAUUGUCAGAGGAUAAAAGUAAAGCACCUUUAAAAGCAAAUACAGAUGAUGAAUUGGAGGAAGAGUUAUUAGAAGAAGGUGAAAGGACAAGCAUCAUGUCACAGAAGUCACCAACUGGAUCUGACGUUACGAGCAAGCUUAAGUUUGAUAAUUUUGUGAUGGAUUGCAUGGAGGAUGAAGAGGAGGAGGAGGACUCUGAUGGAGGGCAGGAGGGUUUCAUGUCAGGAGGAUACCUGGCCAGUUUCAGUGCAGAGGGUAAUGCAGAGUCCUCUAGCAAGGCCAUCUCAGAAGGAAAUUCUAAGGAAAAAAUGCUGCCAGUGUCUGACGAGGAAGCAGAAGACAUUGACAAUCUCCUUCAGGACAACAGUGAUAAGUCAAGAGUCCUUAACAUUCCAUCUAAAUCCGAGAACACUGAUUUCCCAAUCAAGGGUGCUGAUCAAGGAUGUUUUUCCGUUGAGAGAACCAAUUCAAUCCUUGACUCCAGUAACCCAGUGAGUGAACUUGAUCUUCAGAGGGAGUGUGCACAGUGUUCAGAACAGCUAAGUUGUGAAGACAGAGUAGGAGCACCUCCCUCUGAUUCUUUGUUAAAUCCUGGAGAAGUGGAGGAUCUUGGAUCUCCCAGUGCGAUUAAGAUGAAAAACAAGGAGCGGAUUCUAGAUUUCUCUGCCACCUACAGAACAGAAGUGCUACUAACUGAGGAAUCAGUAGAGGAGUGUUCCAGUGAAGUGACAGCUUUUUGUUUGGAUGAGGACUUUGAUUAUGACAAUGUUGUGUUGACUCCAAAAUUCACGGCAGAGGAGAUGGAAUUUCUCAGGAGUUGUAAAACUUGAAAUUAAGUGGGUUUUUUUUUAAGUGUAUGUGAUUAUUGUAGGGGAUCUCAAAAAUAAACAUGUCCAAAUAUC